CGAGCCUCUCAGCAUGCCUCACAAGCGCGCCAAGCGCUCCAUCCGUCUCGACCGCGCCAACCACCAGGGCCACGACCUCGCGCCGACGGCCGCCGACUCGCUGCUGCCCAUCAUCCGCACCCAGUGGGACGGCUCGCCCCUCGAGGGCGGCGACAAGCCCGCCGAGCCCCGAGCAGGCGCAAAGGCGGCCGGCAACAACAAGCGGCGCAAGAAGGGCGGCGCGGGUAACGGGGCCGACGAGAUGGCCGGUGCGAGCAAGUCGGCGUUCAGGGUCAUUAACGCCGUCAAGCUGCGCGAGGAGUACCACGCGGCCAAGAAGCGCAAGCUCGAGGACGAGACCAAGGGCAAGAACCCGAACCAGCACAAGAAACCGCCUGCCGCCAUGACGCCGCUCCCGUACGAGUCGCUCGGGUCGUUCAACCGGCGCGUCGAGCAAGAGAUGCGCGGCACGGUGCGCUCGGCGAUCCAGCAGGCGGGCUCGACGGCCCAGAAGCGCAAGGACCGCAAGGGCAAGAAGAAGGCCGACGACGGCGAGGACGGCGAGGCGGGCGAGCAGGACGACGAGGUCGACGAGGGCCCGGUCAAGCGCGGUCGCGACGGCAAGCCGCUGCGCAAGGCGCCCAAGGCGACGCCGGACGAGGCGCGCGACCCGUUUGCCAAGAAGCCUCGCGCCGCCACUGCCGGGUCGGACGACGACGACGACGAAGAUGCGGGCCGCAACCGCUCGGGCCGCACCGAGUUCGAGACGGUGUCGCAGCGCCGUCGCAUCGGCGACGUGGUGCAGGCCCCGCCGACGCUCGCCGACCCGGCGCGCCGCGGCCUCAUGCACAAGGUGCUCGGGCCAGGGGGCGCCGCUGCGUGCGGUACGACGAGCGAGGGCCCGGGCGUCGUGCGUCUCAAGGGCGCCGGCGCGGGCAAGGGCGGCGUCGAGGCGCCCGUCGGCAGCUCGAGGCUGCCGAUCAACCCGGCCAUGAAGGCGCUGCUCGACCAGGAGCGCGAGCGCGCCGUGCGCAUGUACCGCGAGCUCAAGGAGAAGCGCGAGCAGGCCAAGCAUGGCAGCGCCUGAGUCGCCUCUCUGCAUCUCGAGGAGCUCGCUCUCGUUUUCUCU